AUGCUGUCAGACAUUGAUGGCUUCGACACAGAAGGGCGCGCACUCCUCCUCGAGAUAAUUGACAAACUACGCAAGUUAGGAAUCAGCGAGAGCGUCUCACUUCCUCAGCUUGUUGUCGUCGGCGAUCAAUCCAGUGGGAAAUCCUCUGUCCUAGAGGGGAUGACAGGCUUCUGCUUCCCGGUGGCCAGCGACUUGUGUACUCGGUUCGUAACACAGAUUGUCCUCAUUCGAGCCCCGGAAAGCGACGCAGGUGUUCGGGUUACAGUCAUACCCGGUCCAACAACUCAGAUGGAUGAUGAGUACAAGGCACAUCUCCUAGGAUUCGAGAGGAGGAUGGCAGAAGACGAUUUUGGGAGUGAUGACCUGAGGCGAAUCUUCAAUGAGGCUGCAAAACACAUGGGCGUCCCGGGGCCUGACACUGAGGACCCGAAGAACCUGGACAAGCGAUUUUCCGAUGACAUUCUGAGAAUCGAGAUUUUCGGUCCUCAACAUCAAAACUUAAGUGUGGUGGAUGUGCCUGGCUUGUUCCACAACCCCACGGACGACCAGACGGAAGAAGAUCGCGAGACCAUUCGCAAGCUAAUCAAAAGCUACCUCAACGAUAAACGAACCAUCAUCCUGGCAGUGAUGGAUGCGAGAAACAAUUUUGCCAAUCAAGAAGUAUUCUCUAUGGCUCAGGCCGCAGACCCUGCAGGGGUUCGCACAGUCGGAAUCAUUACCAAAUGCGACGCCUUGGAGCCUGGAGAUGAGGGAAGGGUUCUGAAAAUUGCUAGAAAUGAAGUCGAAAGACUGACUCACGUUUGGUUUGCCGUCCGAAACCGCUCAACAAAAGAUAUCAAGGAUGGUAUGACGAUCGAGGGCCGUCACAAAAAGGAAAUCGAAUUCUUUUCCAGCGUAUCGCCAUGGAACACCCUUCGAGCGGACAGAGUUGGGAUCAAACCGCUGAAGGUCUUCCUGGGACAACUUCUGUAUGCGCAUAUCCGUGGAGAGUUUCCCGGUGUCGUGAAAGACAUCGAAGAUUUCUUGCGAAACGCGCGGCGGGAGUUGGAACAGCUGGGGCCUUCGCGACAAACAGCUCCAGAUCAACGACGCUAUUUGACCCAAAUUGCCGCGAAAUAUGAGCGGGACGUCUUGAACGCGCUCAGUGGCAGCUAUGGUUCUACUCUGGAACCGGACAGUAUUUUGAAGCUGAGAAUGCACAUCAGGAAUCUCAAUGACAAAUUUGCAGAGUCGAUGGCCCGUGAUGGUCAUACCAAGAUUUUUCAGAAUCUUGACGGUGGGCAAGACAAGGAGUACCAACGUCCCUGGUGCCCGGAAGACGACGACAUAUAUGACUGGAUUCGGAAAUUAUAUCGCGAUUCACGGGGUGCCGAGCUGCCGGGUAUGGUGAAUCCCAGUGUUCUUGAGGAUAUGUUCCGACAGCAAACCGUGGCAUGGGAGCCGAUUGCUACCAAAUAUAUCGACAAGGUAGCUAAAGCCGUUCACGUUUUCAAUCAGACAAUCUUCGACAAACUGAUCGGCGACGAAGAGGUCAAAGAUCAUCUCAGUGCACGUCUCCGCGAGCAAAACCGGGAAGCUGUCAACCGUGCAGCUUAUGAAUUGACCAAUCUCCUACAGGUCAAUAACUAUUUUGCUGAGACGCUGUCCAACAUUCGUGAGGAGCGCACUUUCCAACGCCUCAAAGCAAAGGGUUUCCGCGACGGCGGUUACUUGUCUCUCAAACAAGUCGUGGGUGCGGUCCACCUUAGCAAUGAGGACCAAGCUGUUGAGAAUAUCCACGAUAUUCUUAAGGCGUACUACAAGGUUGCUCGGAAAAGAUUCUCAGACAACGUCAUUCUCCAGGUAGCCGAACGUCACCUUCUCGGGGCCAAUGGACCCGUGAGCACGCUGUCACCUGAAUUCAUUAUGAACCUCGAGGACAGCGAGCUCGAGCAUAUAGCCAGUGAAAGCUAUGUGACGUCGAGCAAGCGAAACGACUUGGCUUCCAAAGUUGAUCGAUUCCAGAAAGCUUUGCAAAUUGCAACGUCAGCCAAUAUUCAGGUUGCCGCCAAGGAUCAGCCAUGA